AUGUUGAUGCAACAAUUGCAUCUGCUGUUAAAGCUGUGGAGAAUUUGGUUUAUUGGUUCCUCAACUCAUGCCCCUGCUCCUGUUGAGACUUCUGAGAAGAGUGAUCUUGAAAUGGUUGUCAUUCAAGAGACUCCUAUUUUACGUCCUCAAAAGAGGGAUCGGAAGAAAGGAGCUGUUUUGAAAUCCCCAUUCAUUGAGCUUGCUUCUGGUGCAUCUAAAUCAGGUUCAUCCUCGGUUUCUCCUGAUGAUUCUGUGUAUAAGGUCGUUAAAUAUGUGCGUGGUUUGUGCCCGUUGGACAACAAGAUUGGUGAACCUGUUGAUCCGCAAUUGGAAGCUGAUUUUGUCAAGUGGGUUGAUUCAGGUCUUAGAAAGCAUAAAUCUAACACAACAACUAAUGUGUAUUGUAAGGGUAAGGACACUAUAUUUCCGCCAUUUCGUUUUGGUGUUGAGGACAUCAGCAACAAGAUGUGGUUUCACAACCUUGCCUACCCUAAUUGUUUCCUUACCAAUUCUCACAUUGACAUCAUUUUCUAUUAUCUUCGUAAGAAAAUAAUGUACUCAGCCGAGCCGAAAAUCAAAGUCACCACAACUGAUUGCCUCUUUUGUUCUAGCAUAACAACUUUGUAUGAGAGGUUUGUUGAGAAAAACAACGAUAUAUCGGUGUUGUCUCUUUCUCACAAUGUGGCCCAGUACAUUCAAGGUGGUAAGAUAUUAUGUGCCACUCCUUGGCAUUUGGUUGAUCAUGUUAUUAUGCCUAUCAAUGUAAAAUUACAGGAUCAUUGAAUUUGUGGUCGUCUUAACAUAGUUGACAGG